CUACUCAUUUUUUCCCUCACUUUCCUUCAAACCAAACAGACGAAAGAAAGCAAAAACCCUAACUUUAACCAACACCUUCUCUUUAAUACUCUUCACUAAUUCAAAAAAAUUAGAAAAAAAUUCAAAAUUCUUCCCAAUGGAUAAUAAUUCCCAACCAACAGAACCCUCAAUUCCUCUCUACAAAACCCUAAGUCCCCUCUCCCUCACCGUCCCCAUAACCACAGCUCCUCCGAAUGAACCUCCACCGUCCGAUGACGAUCGACUCAAUCCCUGCUCGGUUUUUCGCAAUGAAAUUUCUCUGUCUACUGGUGAUUGCGCCGCUCUAGAGUGUAUCGCCCCUGAUUUUUUCUCCCUUGAUGUUAAUGAUCAAGAGGAAAAAGCGGCCGAGCCGAAGACGCCGAGUUUAACAGGUGAAAUGCUGGCCCAAUCUCGGAAAUCGAAGAGUGUUGCGGUUUCAGAGUCGAAAUUGGAGAGUGUUAGUUGGUUUAGAGGGAAUAGUAAAUUUAUUAGUCCUAUGCUUCAAUUGCAUAAAGAGAUAGUAGAUUUCUGUGAUUUUCUUUCUCCUACUCCUGAGGAACAAGAGGCACGACAAACGGCAGUUAAAAGUGUUUUUGAUGUCAUCAAAUAUAUAUGGCCCAAAUGCAUGGUAGAAGUUUUUGGUUCGUACGAGACAGGACUUUAUCUUCCAACAAGUGAUAUUGAUGUGGUGAUUUUUCGGUCGGGUAUAAAAAUCCCACAAAUUGGUUUGCAGGCUCUUUCUAGAGCGCUGUCUCAAAAGGGUAUUGCUAAGAAAAUACAGGUGAUUGCAAAGGCUCGCGUGCCAAUUAUCAAAUUUGUUGAAAAACGAAGCUGCGUUUCCUUUGAUAUAAGUUUUGAUGUGGAAAAUGGACCAAAAGCUGCAGAAUAUAUUAAGGAUGCAGUUUGCAAAUUGCCUGCCCUACGACCAUUAUCUUUAAUCUUGAAAGUGUUCUUACAACAGAGAGAGCUGAAUGAGGUAUUCUCUGGUGGCAUUGGUUCUUAUGCUUUACUUACGAUGCUCAUGGCAGUGUUAAAGAAUCUGAGGGAGUGCCGGAUUUCAUCCGAACAUAAUUUGGGAAUUCUUCUGGUGCAUUUUUUUGACAUAUAUGGACGCAAGUUGAAUACCACUGAUGUUGGUGUAUCGUGCAACGGGGAUGCCACCUUCUUUUCAAAGCGUAGGAAAGGGUUUGUGAAUAAAGGACGACCAGGCCUCAUUUCGAUCGAGGAUCCACAGGCACCAGAGAAUGACAUUGGGAAGAACUCUUUCAACUAUUUCCAGGUCAGAUCAGCCUUUUCAAUGGCCUUUUCAACUUUGACUAAUCCAAAGACCAUCUUAAGCUUGGGUCCAAACAGGAGCAUUCUUGGUACCAUAAUUAGACCCGAUCCCAUUUUACUGGAGCGCAAAGGAGGGCGCAAUGGGGACGUAACUUUCAGUAGCCUGUUACCUGGAGCUGGGGAGCCAAUACAGUCUCAUUAUGACCACCAGGAGAUUUUAGGCAACUGGCAGUUGGAUGAUGAUGAAGGAGAUUUGCCAAGGGGAGGUAGAAUUGCUGAAGAUGGUGGGGCCGAGUCCUCUGGUAAGAAAAGGAAAUCUUCUUCUAAAGACAAACAUGCUAAAAGAGAGGAAAAUGGCCAUGCGGGGAAUGUCGGCCGUGAAGAAUCUGGCUCGAGGAAGGACAGGAAGAGACCGCGAUGGAGACAUAACCGUGAUAGAACCAAUGGGUUUUCCUAUUGAGGUUCAUGGAUCCUGCCAAUCUCUACAUAGCUGUUUGCAAGCGUUCAUCUUCAGCAUGUGUCCGGAGACUGUUCAUCAGUUUUUUUAUGUGUGGGCGAAGGAUUUCCUACAAUCACUGAAAUGGUAAACCAUUAUCGGGUUGCUUGCCGCUAAUGACAUGUUCGCAUUUUCAAACAGCGGCUAAAGACAAGAUUGUAAGAUGGUAGGUUAGCUAGCCGGUUUCGAGCCUGCAAUCAGUGGCUUGAAUCUGGCCAAAUUUUGCCUUUCAUACAUGCUCAAUCCUUUGUGGUGAGACAAAUUUUGGAGCACAAGCAAUUAGCAACACAAUUUGUUAAGAGUGAUUUUUGUUGUACCAUUAAAUGCAGUUAUAUAUUACCAUUUAAUUUUUAUUAA